AUUCGUUCAACGAACUUCCAAUUAUGGUUGGUUAUCAAAAACAGGGAAGAGGUGCCAAUGAAGAAAGUCGGAGAGAAGUUGAUCCCUAAGACCGAAGACGAAUUUGAUGCCGAAGACAUCAAGAAAGUAGAGAACUAUGCGAAGGCGAUUAACAUGCUCUACUGCGCGAUCAACCCCGAUGACUACCGCAAGAUCUCCUGCUACUCAACCGCCAAGGAGAUGUGGGAUAAGCUCGAGGUGACGUACGAAGGAACGGACCAAGUACGUGAAGCCAAGAUCGACUUCCUCACCCAAGAGUAUGAGAUGUUCAGGAUGAAGGAGCACGAAAAGAUCGACGACAUGUUCGACCGAUUCUCCAAGAUAGUCAACGAUCUUCAUGCAUUAAAGAAGACUUACACUGACAGGGAUCUUGUGCGAAAGAUCCUACGGAGCUUGAAAUCUGAAUGGCGAUCUAAGGCCGAUGCCAUCUAUGAAUCAAUCGGCACAUCAAAUGUCACCAUCGACGGUUUAAGAGGUAAUUUAAAAACUUAUGAAUCUACUAUACUUAACCCGUCUUUGAAUGACCAAAUGAAAGGCAUAGCAUUAAAAGCCUUCAAAGAACCAUCGAUAAACGACACAAGCGACGAUGAUGAAGUCAAGCUUGUCAUGAAGAAGUUAUGCAAACUUCUAAGGAAGAAAGAAAAGGUUGAGGAUGGCCCUGUGUGCUAUGGAUGUGGUGAAGCCGGGCACAUCAAGAACAAAUGCCCAAGAAGCAGAAGGAACGCUCAUCACUUCAAAAAGCAAAGAGCAUACAUCUCUUGGGGUGGCGACUCCGGCGAUGAAUCAAGCGAGCAAGAGGAAGACGAAGAAGCAAACCUUUGUCUCAAAGCUCAAGAAGAAGAGGAGUCCGCCAACGACGAAAACCAAGAGGUAUGUAAUUCUUCUACCGUUUCUUAUUCUCUUGAAGAAAUGCAAGAAGCUCUCCAAGAGCUUUAUGACGAGUUUGUUAGCGCUUCUAAAACCAACAAAGCCUUAAAGAAACGUUUCUCUAAUCUUGAAACUGACCUUGAAAAACUUCAAAAGGAAAACGAAAAACUAAAAGAGGAAAAUAAGUUUUAUGUAGCGCCGUCCCUCGAUCGCCACCUCUUCGCCGAUCGACCUCCACUGCCAACGCCGGUCGCUCGCCGCCGGAAGCCCGCCGCCAUCAUCGCCGUCCAAUUAGAGCAGCCAGCCUCCGGCGUCGCCCUUCCCCAGCCUCGCCGCACCAGCCAACAGCGACCUUACCGUCGCCGGAAGCCAGUCGCUGCCCAGCGCCGCCGCUGCUUCCUUCGCCACCUGUCGCUGCCUCAUCGCCGACGAAUUGCAGCGCCGCCGCGCCGAGCGCCAGACGUCGCCUCCACUGCCGGCGUCCUUCCUCGCCGUCGAGCGCAGCGCCGCCAGUCGCCUCCAGCCGCCGUCGCCGAGCUUCCAUCUGUUGUUUCACCUUCGCCGGCCGUCCGCCGCCAGUCGCUGCCCAGCGCCGCCGACGACGAUUCACCUCGUCGUUCUGCCGGACGUCGCCUCCACUGCCGGCGUCCUUCCCCGCCGUCGAUUGCAGCGCCGCCAGUCGCUGUUCAUCGCCGUCGAGCUGCCGCUCCGCCACUGUCGCCGGCGUCAGUCACCGUCGCCGCAUCCGGCCGCUGCCCCGAGUUGAUAUCGCCGGCAGAUUAACCCCCACGCCGGAUUGAUUGGUCAAUUUCGUAUUUUGACUCGAUUUGACCCGUUCGGUUGAUUUCGUUGAUUUGUCUUCCGUUCGAGCUAUCGAUUCGAUUUCGGCGUAAUCCAGGUCCGUACUAUGAAGUUAAUAGUAUUCAGAAUCGAUUUAAUGGUUUAGAUCGUUAUAAGUGUUUAUGCU